AUGAGCAGUAACGCAGCAGCCACAGCAGCACCCGGCACAGCGGCAGUGGCGGCGACGGCGGCGCCGUCAGCGGCUGCAGCAGUGACAAACAAGGCAGUGUCGAGUGUUUCUGCAGCUCCUGCGGCAACUGCGGUUGCCGAUGAGAUCCCCCGCGUGGUGUUUGUGCAAGUGGAAGGCAACGACAAUGUGGUUGUGGAGUCCCUGCGAGAGGAAUGCGAGCGGCUCCGCAUCAAGAACAAAGUGACCAAGGUGGUUGAUCUGCAAAAUCAGGAUACCACGCACCAAGUCGCUUUUCACAACUGCGACUUGGCCAUCCUCGACCUGCGCACGGUGGACAACCACAACUCCUCCUUCAUCAGUUUCCAUAUUGGGCGCCGCCUGAGCCGCAACACGUCUCCACACGCCCUCACCGUGAUCCUGCUCAGCCAACGCGUCACACGACCCAUCCCCAACUGCACGUACUACUACUACAAGCUGCGCGAAGGCAACUGCUUUGCAGACACAGAGGACCAGCCACCACUCGCAGCACACCUCUCGCACCUGCUUCGGACACACGCAGAGACGCAGCCGACGCUGCAGACCCAAGAUUUGCUGUUUCAGGAUGGCAUUGCCAAAGCAAGCUCCCCCUUUCUCGAUCGAACCACAAAGCUCGAAGAACUCAAGAAACUCGAAACGAUCUUGAAGGACAAGUACUCUGACGACCGCCUGCACGACAUUCUCUCCUGCUAUCGCGACCUCAAGGAGUGGCGUGCAAUGAUCAGGCUCGCAGACGCUGCACGCAACGAAAUCGGGCUGGAGUCAAAGGCGUUGCUUGCGUUUGCUCUCAACCGCCGAAAUGAGGGCGCUGGGAAGGACAGAACACGCGCCAUGCACAUAUGCGAUGACAUCCUGCAACGCCUGAAGGUGUCGAACAACAGCGUGCCAGACCCGCGCAAACGCAAGCUGCUGCACGACACAUAUGGGCUCAUUGGACGCAUUCACAAGGACGCCUUUGUUGAUUCCCUUCGCGCCUUCAUGGAAGGGCAGGCUGUUCCCAUCCAAUACGACAGCUGCGACAAGGCAAUUGAAGCGUACGGGCAAAUCUGCCAGAUUGAGGAAGAAGAAGCGAAGGAGACGGGCAAGAAGAACAACUUCUAUGGCGCCAUCAAUUUGCUCACGCUCAUGUUCUGUUCACGUGACAACACGCGAUUCGAGAAACGAUGCUGUGAACUCAGUGCUGAGAUCAGCCACGCGUACGGGAUGAGUGAUUUUCAGCCGGCAGAAAACGCCGUCACAGACAAUGACUACUGGGCGCUCGCAAACGUGCUCGAGGCCAACCUCGUCGGCUACUACAUUACGCAAUCCGAGGGCGAACUGGCGCUCGCUCUCAUCGCGAUUGAGAAGAUGCAGGACACGUCGUUCCAGCCGUGGAUGGCAGAGACGACAGUCAAGAACCUCAGGCUACUCAGCAGCGUCGUGCAGCACAGACGCGACCCUCGCCGGCGGAAGAAGAAGUUGACAGCGGACGUGGCGAAGAUUGAGUUCUGGCAGGACUUCCUGGAGGACUGCGGAUCGGAAUGCACGUCCGAAUACGAAUGGCGCGUUUUGUACGCGUUUACACCUCAGCAGAAGCAGCGGCCAGAGCCUGCGCGCGUGCGUGUGCAGAUGGCAACAGAUGCAGCAAAUGCCGUCGUGCAGGUGUUCACGCUUGAGGCGGAGUUGGCAAAGCAGCCUCCAGUCGAGAUCAAGUUGAGCGACGUCAAGAACAUUGGGCUGCUCACCGGUGAAAGCGAUUCACGCACGGCCGCGAAGGCAUCGCGCACCGCCGAGCUGAUCAUCAUUCGCGAAGACAACAAAUACGAACGCAUUUUCCUCGUCUUUCCAUCAUCGGGCCAUCGGGCCAUGUUCCAUGCAAAGUGCGAGGAGCGCGGUUAUCGGCCCACGCUCAAGCUUGAGCUGCAGCCGAGUGCCAACGCCAAGCCCGUGUCGUACGAAUACACGUCAAACGCCAACGGCCAGCGCAAGGUGCUGGGCCAGGGCGCCAGUGCCACCGUGUACGAGGGCAUCAACAGAGACAACAACCAGAUGCUCGCCAUCAAAGUCUUUGAGGAUGGCUUGAACGAAGCCCUGAUCCGUACGGAGAUGCGCUAUGCACAGGAAAAGCUGCUGCAGCACCGCAACAUUGUGCACAUCUUUGGCUUCGUUCGUGAAGCAACCGGCACCUGCGUCCUCCUCAUGGAGCUUGUGCCCGGCGGCUGUAUAGCCGAUCUCGUCCGCUACUUUGGCGGUCUGCUCCGCUUUGAGCCGUGGCUCAAGUGUUACGCAGCACAGCUUGUGGAAGCCGUUUCUUAUCUGCACAAUCUCAACAUCAUGCAUCGUGACAUCAAAGGCGACAACGUCCUCGUCAACACAUACACCGGCGUGGUGAAGCUUGCUGACUUCAACGUGGCCCAAACAAAGAAGCACUACGAGAGCGAGGAUCAGGGCAUUGCCGGUGCCGUGCAUUUCAUGGCACCAGAGGUCUUGGAUGGGCAAGCAGGCAAACCUUCGGACAUCUGGUCCCUCGGAUGCACUGUCUGGCAAAUGGUGACGGGCGACCUUCCCUAUCCUCGCAGCGACGCGACGGUGUUUGAGUGCAUGGCAACCGGCAACAGCAUGACGCCAGAGGUGUCAGACUCCUGGAACAAAGACCUAAAAGACUUCUUCGACAAGUGCUUCCAGAAGGACGCUGCACUUCGGCCGACAGCGGAGCAGCUGAAGGCGCAUCCGUUCAUCCACGACAACGAACAGCUGGCCAACCCGGACGUGUCGCUGUCAUCAUCACCAUCGUCGUCGCAGCCAACAGCGGCGUCCUCGGCCUCCUCCACACUGCACGUGCCCCGGACGUCGUCAUCGGACCAGCGGCCCGCGUCGCCGCGUGCCCGCAGUCGCGCCGGCAGCAUCGACGAGUCCUGGGCCAUCCACCACGAACGCAUCAUCACGCAGAGCGUGACGCAACUUCUGAGCCGGGACGAUGUGAUCACGGCGUGGGAGGAGCGAUUAAAGGACCAGCAGCUCAUCAUCUCGCUGCUCCCGGGAUGGCGCGCACAGCUGCCCGUCCUCAGAGACUUUUUGCUUCAACUUCUCAAGGCAGACAACGAUGGGGAUGUGUCUGCGCGCUCUGCUCCCUGGCGCGUGGGCGUGCGAGCAACGAUGCGCAAGUGGUGUCGUCAGAUCCAAGCGGAUGAGGAGACCGAUGACGAUGACGCAACAGACGCCCCGCACUGGACACGGCAACUGAUGAACCGCGGUGUGGAGAACAUGAUGCGAGACCUCUACAACUUCAAGCUCAACGAGAACAGAAAGCUCUCAUUCCUCAUCCCCUUUAUGAAGGAGCAGAGCAUGAAGCCACACUGGGUGUUCUUCAUUUCACGCCUGCUGGGCAGCAAGUGCCGUAUGCUGCAGGAGGAGAUGGCUGCCACCGUUGCCGUCUACUUUGAUGCCGAGGGCAAACGCACCGCUGCCUCCGUCGCCGCCGCAGACGAUACUGACGACGUUGCGCGGCCAAAGCGCAUGCGGGAGAAGGACUUCGCAUCCAGCAUGGCAAUGACGUUGGCUAUGAGUGCGCAGGCGCCAACGCCACCGGCCAUGCCGCCGCCCUCCGCCUCCGACACCCCCGUCCAGGCCCUCAUCAAGCAGCAGAUGCUCAUGUUUGACCAGUGGCAGGCCAUGGCGCAGAAUGCCAAACAGAUGCUGCUUGCUCUCCACCACGAGACCACCGCCCCUUCGCCGCCCCGCACCCGCACGCGCCAGCUUGCCGCAUCCGCAGACGUCGACCACGAGGGCGCGUGCUGA